AUGCAAAGGAGUAUGGACCUCCUCGCUACAGGUUGCGCAAACUUCGGUCUCAACAUCAACAAGGACCAAACGGUGGUCAUGCACCGACCGCCGCCGGGUGCUGACCACAAUGCUCCACGCAUCAACCUCAAUGGCGCCGAGCUCAAAAACGUUGACAAAUUCGCCUAUCUCGGCAGCACGUUAUCCCUCAACACCCGCAUCCACGACGGGUUGCUCGCAGGAUCUCCAAAGCCAGCCAAGACUUCAACCGGCUUCAAGCCUCUGUAUGGAAUCUUCAUGGUCUCAAGUUGUCCACGAAACUGA